CACGGACGGAGUCACAUGACCUGUUGAUCAUGUGACAACCCAGGAAGUGCGGCAUCUUACAGCGCCGCUGACAAAAAAGAGGUCAGAGAUCAAAAGGAAACAAAGCAAUAUGAGGUGCCGACGCACAAAUGUGUGCAGACCUGCGUCCUCAGAAGACAAAGCAGGGGGAGGGGAGAUGAGGAGCUGUGUAGGAGCUUCUUGCUCUCAUGCACACCUGUGACCACCUGGAGGGGGAGAUGAGGAGGCGUGGCCUAUCUCUGUCAUGCAGUUUUGAAAGAACAGAGAAAAAAAAUUACAUCUUGUCCACAGCCUAAUCCUAACCUGUGAACAACAGUAAGAGAUCCAACACAGAACUACAGAACUCCCUGGCCCACAAACAGGCUCCAAUAAAAACCCAUUUCCGUCACACAACUGAAGAUCAGAUGUACUUGGCACAAUGUGGGCUUUACUGGCUGCUGCUCUCUGCUUGGGAUCCUCUGUUAGUGCUGAACACUCAUGUCCCGAAAUAAAAUAUGUGGCAAUUGGAGAAACUGAUAAGCUGACAAUCCUCCGAGGAUGUCCUGGUCUGCCUGGAGCUCCUGGGCUAAAAGGAGAAGUUGGUUCAUCGGGGGAGAAAGGACCUAAAGGAGACCCUGGGAAUGCCGGACCUGCAGGACAGCCAGGAUCUGCUGGUUCUCCUGGAUUGCCUGGACUGAAAGGAGAGAAAGGGGAAUCUGUAUUUUCAGGUCCAGCUUAUGCUCCUCGAAACUGCAAGGAACUACGGGAGCAAGGGACUUACCUCAGUGGGUGGUACAAAAUAUAUCCAGAUGGAGAGAAUCCUCUUACAGUCUUGUGUGACAUGGAUACAGAUGGAGGAGGAUGGAUUGUUUUCCAGAGACGGUAUGAUGGCACUGUGAAUUUUUUCAGAGAGUGGAAUGACUACAAGCAAGGGUUUGGUAACCAGCUUAGUGAGUUCUGGCUGGGAAAUGACAAUAUUCACCGCCUCACAUCUACAGGAACCCAUACACUUCGAAUAGAUCUGACAGAUUUUGAACAUAGCUACAGUUUUGCCACCUAUGCUUCAUUUGCCCUAUCAGGAGAAAACGACAAUUAUAAGCUGAAUGUUGGCCCUUUCAUUGAAGGCACUACAGGUGACGGUCUCGCUUAUCACAAUGGCCGCCCCUUCACAACCAAAGACAAAGACAAUGAUGCUUUUUCAGAAAAUUGUGCAGUACGCUUUAAAGGUGCUUGGUGGUACGGAGAAUGCCAUAAUUCCCAUCUAAAUGGACAAUAUCUGAGAGGAACACAUGCCAGCUAUGCCGACGGAGUAAACUGGAAAUUUGGAAAAGGACAGCAUUAUUCCUAUAAAAUAACUGAAAUGAAGUUUAGGCCAGUUUAAUAUGUGUGCUAUUUUUUGUAGUGUCAAAGAAGCCAUAUUUUGUUUUUACAAACAUGACUACAUAUUACCAAAGGCCAUCCCAACUAUGGAGGCAACAUAUGAGUUUUGUCCUUCUUUAGGAUGGUCCCCACAUUUCUCAGAAUAAUCUAUGAUAUGACACAUUUGUAUUUGUAACCUCAUGUCUAAUGUAUACCCAUGUACAG